CCAACAUGGAGAAGGCAAAUUUUGGAAAUCGGCCGAUCCUUCUGCGAAGCAACAGCCAAGUCUACUGCGCCCAAAACCCAAGGCGUUCCUGACAAAUGGGUUGCGGCAUUUGCCAGUGUUUCAAGGCGAAAGUCUCAGUCAAGGCAAGGCUGCCCUCUCACCAGCUCCGCUCCAGCAACGCCUCCACCUCAAAAUCGAACACGAACCCCGCAGCUGAUGCCUCUUCGAGCCAUUUGAGAGGAAAGGACUAUCUCACCGCCCUUCCUGCCGAGCUCCUCCUCAAGAUCAUCCCUCAUCUGCCUCUGCAGUCUUUCUUUUACUUAUCCCACACUUCAAGUUUCUUACGAUACUUUCUAACGACUCACGCUUCAACAAUCUGUAAUGAUGCUAUCAACUCCUAUUUCCCGAAGCAGGCUAAGAUCUUGGAAACCGAGAAGACAUUGGGCUGGCUUGUACCAACCCACGAGGAACUUCGACGAAGAGAAGAUUUCUUCUCAGAUUGUUUGGGGACUGAUCUGCGAGACCUCCGACUCUGUGAACACAACCCUAUCAAGAAGGUUCGCUGCGCGCCGUUUGAAAGCCUUACGGAUUUCCGCGACUUCCAAAUCAAGCUUAGCGAUCCUGGGCCGCAGUACCUAUUCUUUUUGCAGAAAGGGUUUCUGCAAACUGGUGUGUUGUAUUGGUAUCAUGAAGAACCGGUGUUCAUUUUCAGGAAGGAAUUCAACGACUUUAUGAGGGAGUUCAAUCGCAGGGUGACGUGUGGCCCUUGUGUCAAAGAUGGGAAGCUGGCGACUGCAAGGCUGGGUUUUCCCAAGGAAUUGAUUUGGUACUAUGGAUUAGGGCAAGAAGGGGAACCUUGAAGCCAUACUGUAUAACCGACUAUUAGAAGUUAGUUGGAACACUUUACUGCAUUACUAAGUAUUAGAAGCAAUUAUUCCUCGAGAACUUAUGAUAAGAGCUUGUAGGGCAAUAGGUGCCACAUCGUAACCCGUUUCAUCUUCUAGAACAAACUAAAACUGUGAAUCUUAAGCUGCCUACAUGUAAUCAUUUCGCGUCUCUAAAUGUCUUAG